CUUCCAAGCAGUUGAUCCGGGUUCGAUUCCCGGCCAUCGCACACUUUAUUUUUUUUAUUCUUUGGUUAUAAUAUUUCAUCCAUCUGUAUAAAGAUCAUGAAAAAUGGAGAAGGUAAACACAAAAAUCGACAUUUUCAGGUGGUCGUUCUACUGCGCCGUCAGGCGCGGAUCCAGGCGCUCCUGGACGCGGCCAACAGCCUGGCGUUCAGUCGCCACGACGAGAAGUACGAGGAUCUGCUGAUAAGCUACGCGUGGAAGGGCCUCUUCCAUCACGCGGUUUAUCAGAGCUUCGGCGGGAUCGCGGUGUUCUGUUGGGGCUUCACACCGAUCGCCGACCUGGUCGCCGGCCGCUCGCGCCGGCUGCCCAUGGAGGGAUGGUAUCCCUACAACACGACGGCUACGCCGGCCUUCGAGAUCACCGCGGCGCAUCAGGGCAUCGCAAUCAUAAUCGCCUGCUUUCACAACGUGGCGAUGGACACGCUGAUGACCGGCCUGAUCGUGGUCGCCUGUUCCCAGCUGGCGAUCCUAGAGCACAACAUCACGUCGAUCGAUAACGAGGAAGGCAUCCGAAAAUUGCAAAAUAGCGAUAACGAUAAGAGUGGGUCGCUUGCGGCUGAACGGAGAGCCAUGUCGUCCUCUUAUCAGUUACUCAAGCGAUGUGCGGUUCACAACAAUAUGAUAUUUCAUUUCACGAACGAGAUCCAGGAUAUAUUUGGUACCGUCAUCUUCUUCCAAUUCCUCUCGAAUUGCGUGAUCAUUUGCUUGAUCGCCUUCAAGGUGUCGCAGAUGAAAGUUUACAUCCCGGCGGUGCUGAUCGGCAUGCUGACGUACAUGUGCUGCAUGACGUAUCAGAUAUUCAUCUUCUGCUGGCACGGUAAUGAAUUGCAUCUGCAUAGCAUGCGUUUAGCCACGGCCGCGUACUCGAGCAACUGGUUCUCCAACACCGAAGGAUUCAAACGCGGCCUUCAAAUCGUGAUGACAAGGUCUCACCGUCCGUUCACUUUGAGCGCCGGCAAAAUCAUGAUGUUGUCUUUAGAUACUUUCGUGCAGAUAAUGCGGACGUCCUAUUCGAUUUUUACGGUACUUCAAGGUUCGGCUGCUUAACGACAAAUUCGUUGACAUCGGUUUUCGUAGCUAUAUAUAUUUUUUCUUUAAAACUACCAAAGAAAGCGAAUUAAAUAUAAAUCUUUCAGUUUUAUUCAACAACGGAUCGUUAUGUGUACAAAAAAAGUAUAUAUAAAGUAUAUAUAAAGUUUUUGUAUGUAAAAAUAUUUUUCAUGAUUUUACCUGUAUCACCAGGAUGAGGAAAAAGGAUUAACAAUU